GUAAUUUCAUGGCAACGAAUUCGAUCUGAAAAAACUCGGAGGUAGCUGGAGACCCAAAUUCAGAGAUAGAUAAGAUUGGAUCUCUGAAAUUGAAAUUCGCACGAAAAUGGCAGCAUUUAUCAAGCUCGAGGACUCCCCAAUGUUCCAGAAGCAGGUAUGUAAUCUAGAACAGACAGCUGAUGAGUUGAAAGAGCGAUGCCAAAAACUAUUCAAAGGGUGUAAGAAGUUUAUGGCGGCUCUUGGAGAAGCAUGUAAUGGCGACACCACUUUUGCAGAUUCAUUGGAAGCAUUUGGUGGUGAUCUGGAUGAUCCUAUAAGUGUUGCAAUAGGAGGUCCAGUGCUAUCCAAAUUCAUUUCUGCAUUUCGAGAGCUUGCUACAUAUAAAGAGCUUCUUCGCACCCAAGUAGAGCAUGUGUUAGUCAAUCGGUUGAUGCACUUUAUGUCUGUUGAUCUGCAAGAUGCAAAGGAGUCCCGACGCCGCUUUGACAAGGCAAUACAUGUUUAUGAUCAGUCACGGGAAAAGUUUGUAUCCUUAAAGAAGAAUACACGGGGAGACAUUGUUUCUGAACUAGAGGAGGAUCUACAAAACUCAAAAUCAGCAUUCGAGAAAGGCCGCUUCAACCUAGUAAAUUCCCUAAUGAAUAUUGAAGCAAAAAAGAAGUAUGAAUUUUUGGAAUCUAUUAGUGCAAUCAUGGAUGGUCAUCUAAGAUACUUUAAGCUGGGAUAUGAGUUAUUGAGCCAAAUGGAGCCAUAUAUUCACCAGGUGUUAACAUAUGCACAACAAUCUAAAGAACAGGCUACUGUUGAACAAGAUAAACUUCACAAAAGGAUUCAGGAAUUUAGGACACAAGCUGAGAUGGACAGUUUACAAGCUUCUAGUAACUUUGAGGCUUCUGCAGGGGUUGAAGGACAUCGUGCCUUUGGUUUGGCUUCAUACAAAAACACAGAACCAAUCACCUUUGAAAAUGGGAAGCCACAGACAAUCAAGCAAGGAUAUCUUCUGAAACGAUCGUCAAAUUUGAGGGGAGACUGGAAGAGAAGGUUUUUCGUACUGAACAGUCAAGGGGCUUUAUUUUAUUACAGAAUCAAGGGUACCAAACCCAUGGGAUCUCAAGCACAUCACUUUACACGUUCAACUGAACAUAAUAGCGGUGUUUUCGGGAGAUUCCGCUCAAAAAAUAGGGCAUCGUCACUUAAUGAAAACAUUCUGGGCUGCCGAACUGUUGAUCUGUGCACUUCAACAAUUAAGAUGGAUGCAGAAGAUACAGACCUUCGACUUUGCUUCAGAAUAAUCUCUCCAUCAAAAACGUACACGUUGCAGGCUGAAAAUGAGGCCGAUAGGAUGGAUUGGAUGAACAAAAUAACAGGAGCCAUUACAUCUCUGCUGAAUUUUCGGCUUCUUGAACAGCCACAUCCGGGAAAUGCGAAUCUCGAGGGUAGUGAAUUAGGUGUUGGUGAUGUUCGUCGAGUAGCUAGCUGUGAAAGCUUACAUAACAUACACUUCAAUAGAGUUGAUUCCGUUUCUACCGCUCUUAGGGGAAUCCCUGGAAAUGAUCUUUGUGCAGAGUGCAGUAGUCCUGAGCCGGAUUGGGCUUCUCUCAAUCUUGGGAUACUGUUAUGCAUUGAAUGUUCUGGUGCUCAUCGGAAUCUUGGUGUACAUAUUUCAAAGGUGAGAUCUAUAACAUUAGAUGUCAAAGUUUGGGAACCGACAAUUGUGGACUUAUUUCGCAACUUGGGUAAUGCCUACUGUAAUUCUGUGUGGGAGGGAAAGCUUCAACUCAAAAACGAAAGAUUGGAGGGCUCAAAUGCCAUUAGGGCUUCAAUUUCAAAACCAUGUCCCCAAGAUGCAAUUCAGCAUAAGGAAAUUUACAUUCAAGCAAAGUAUGUAGAGAAAGUGAUGGUCAUUAGAGAUGUAGCUGUACCUUUCCUUGCAGCAAGUAUAUGGGAAGCAGUCAAGACUAGUAACUUACAAGAAGUCUAUCGGCUUAUUGUGAUAUCAGAUAUGAAUAUCGUCGAUACCACCUAUGAUGAUGUGGUUGGCGAUGAUUUAUAUCACCAUGUUGAUGCACAAGACUCAGAGUUGAGUUUUCCCUUAAUAGAGAGCAAACAGCACGAUCCAGCAGCAUGUGAGAGAAUCAAGACUUCCAAUGAUCAAGGGAACUGCCUUCAAGGUUGUUCAUUAUUGCAUCUGGCUUGUCACUCUGGCAAUGCAAUGAUGCUCGAAUUGUUGCUGCAAUUUGGUGCCAACAUAAAUAGGCGUGAUUUCCAUGGAAGGACUCCUUUACACCACUGUAUCUGCAGUGGGAAUAAUUCGCUGGCGAAGUUUCUACUUAGAAGAGGUGCACGCCCAUCAAUUCAAGACGGAGGAGGGCAAAGCGUACUGGAAAGAGCAAUGGAGAUGGGAGCGAUUACGGAUGAGGAUCUAUUCAUAAAACUUUCUGAACAUGAGUGAAUCAGAAGGUUCUGCCCAGGCUAAUGCUGGAAUACACGUUGUCUCGACACUUAGACUGACUAUGAUUAUGAAUAGAGCUCAAUUCCUGUAUGUGAGAGUAGCAGUCGUCCCAAGUUUCCUAUUUGUUAACCUUUCUGGUUCACAAAAUCACCAUUACAGUACUUUGCUCAGAAUGAGUAUCGUAAUCUAAUUAUAUGUGAAGCUAUCCGGCAUUUACAGUAACUUUAAACAAUAUACUCCAGUAGAACUUAUGCUUC